CUUCAUGACCUUUCCUGUAUAAAUCCCAAUCAGCCCCCUAUUACAGUUGCAGGAGGGCAUCCCAUAAAUCAAGUUCAAAAACAUGGCUAACAAGCAGCAAAUCUCUUUCUCAUUGGCAUUUCUUGCGGUUGCCCUAUUCGUCCUGGCCGGUCAGGCCACGGCUCGGCGUGAAAUCCUAAAUGCUGAAGUUGGUGGAGCAGCGAAUCCCAAAGAUGCUGUAGAAAUGAUUCUAAACGAACUGAUCAGUAGCACACAGCGCGUAAAGAACAAGGUUUCUGUCCUUGGGAACAGUCAGAUGGUUCAGGCCUGCGAUAAAGCCUAUGCGUCGUCAUUGGAAAGCCUGAACAAAGCCAUGGGUCUCGUCAAAGGCACUGCAGGCAUAGACACCGGAAACCUCAAAGCCAGCAUCACCGCAGCACUGCAUGGCUACGACAACUGUGAUUACGCUUUUGCAGAGUCCACCAGGCCAUCUCCUUUUAUCCCUAAUAACGCAAACUUGAAAUCUUUGGUCUCACAGUGCUUGGAAUUAACGUCGAAGCUAGCUAACAAUAAUUAAAUUCACAAAUACGAGAUGGUGUGUGAACAAUGAAUAGAAAAUGGAUUUAGCUGUUUGUUCUGAUUGUUGGGCAUAUUAUAUAUCGGUGGGGAACCCAAAAUAAGGUCGGUCCAUCCUUUGGAGUGCGAUUCUGUUUCUUCUGCUAUAUAUUUACUGUUUUUCGCAACAAAAUUUUCUGGUGAUAUGUUAGAAUAUAUAGGUAGAAGUGCUGGUCAUUUAAGAUCAAGAUAUCUGUCAUUAUGUAUUUGACCAUAUAAUCAAUGGCCUUGCUUGGGAAUAUUCAAGAUAUAAAUUUAAUUA